AAUUCUCUGGAUAUCUGGGACAGCAUGCCUUUGGCAUUCACAGAGCCCGAGAUGGUAUCAGACCAGUCAGAUCUCUAUAUGAAUUCAAGUCUUUUAAACACCUCCACCAGCAACACCACCAACCUCACCAGCGUGACCUACUACCCAUACUACCAGCACUCUCUGCCUGUGGCAGCCAGCUUGACCAUAGCCUACUUGUUCAUCUUCCUGCUCUGCAUGGUCGGAAAUGGCCUGGUGUGCCUCAUCGUGUUGGAGAACCGGCGCAUGAGAACAGUCACCAACCUGUUCAUCUUUAAUCUGGCGGUGAGCGACCUGCUGGUGGGGGUCUUCUGCAUCCCGACUACACUGGUGGAUAAUCUAAUCACAGGUUGGCCCUUCUCUAACAUGGUGUGUAAGCUGAGUGGAUUAGUGCAGGGAAUGUCCGUCGCUGCCUCAGUCUUCACUCUAGUUGCCAUCGCUGUGGACAGGUUUCGCUGCAUCGUCUACCCUUUCCAGCCCAAACUGACCUUGCUGGUUGCCAAGGUGACAAUAGCAAUGAUUUGGGUGCUGGCAUUGGUGAUUAUGUGCCCUUCUGCAGUGAUGUUGACUGUAGAGCAUGUCAAGGAUCACUUUAUGGUGCACAACAACUACAACCAGACAUACCCACUCUUGUCUUGCUUUGAGAACUGGGGUGACCCCCACAUGAGGAAAGUCUACACCACAAUCCUGUUUGCCCACAUUUACCUGAUCCCACUCACCAUAAUCACGCUUAUGUACGGACGCAUCGGCAUCAAGCUCUACACCACAUCUGUCAUUUCCGUGAACGAGCAGCCAGAAAGCGGUGGGGGUCAGAACACUGCCAGGCCGUUGAUCUCGCACAAAAAGAUCAAAGUGAUCAAAAUGUUGAUUAUGGUAGCCCUCCUUUUUACAGUCUCCUGGCUACCCUUAUGGAUCCUCAUGCUCCUGACGGAUUACGGAGGUCUGGGGCAGGAGGAACUCGAGCUCCUCUCUGGCUACGUGUUCCCGUUUGCACACUGGCUAGCUUUCUCAAAUUCCAGCGUCAACCCCAUCAUCUAUGGCUACUACAACGAAAACUUCAAGCGAGGCUUCCAAGCUGUGUGCAGGACCCAUUCGUUAUGCUGCUGCUGUUUUAUCCUGCCCACAGGAAGCAGAAGGGUUCACAGACCAGGCAGGGAAGGCCAGAGAGAAACAGUGGCGAACUCAAACACUCUGGCCUUUGGAGCCAGAAACAGGGUUUACACAGACGGGAACUUAAAAAACUGCAGACACGGCAUGGAUGAAGAGCAUAAGAGGGGCGGUUGCAGGCUCAGUAGUUCUGCUAGCAUGGACGAUGCCAGAUCCGAGAUGGCCAUUCAGACAAAAGGGGUUGCGAGUCAAAAAGGACUGCAAAUGGAAGACCUGGAGAAGAUCAGUCCCAUUGGCAUUACUGUGAGUCAGGCCUGGGACCAGUAG